AUGAGCGUAACAUCUGGCAGUGCUCUAUCGCCUGAACAGUUUGACCCCAAUAUCCCAGAGAUAUUACCACAUGAAAAAAUGUACAGAAUACAAGUGGGUAAGCAGCUCUUUAAGAUUAGUGGUGCGUCCUUGAAUUCGGAUGGACCAAGUUUUUUCACCAACUACUUUCUGAAAAGGACAAACAGAGCAACCUCUAAUAAUAACAAUGCAGGUAACAACGCAAAUAACGCCGCAGCUAACAAUAACAAUGCCUUCUCCCCAUCCUCUGUAAACAGCACCAACAGUCCUCCAUCUGGCGGUAGUUACCACGGCUCAGACAAUGAAGUGCUAUUUAUUGACAGAUCAGCCGACAUAUUCGAACUCAUAUAUCAGCACCUACAGGGUUACUUCAUCGAAAUCCAAGACGAAGUUCAAUACACGAUGCUCUUUGCAGACGCCAUGUACUACAACCUACCUAGACUAAAAGCCAUUUUAAAGGACUGUGACUAUUACUAUACCAAUAUCGGUGGUAAGUCAUACAAGCUUGCCAAAAGUUUGUUCAAAAGAGAAGGUGAUUCACCUAACUAUUUCGAAAUCACAUCUGGAACUCUGUACAUUGAUGUUGAAGAACUAAUUCUGACUAGAAAACUUCUCAGACCGCCUCCACAUUCAGCUCCAUAUGUAGCUAGGUCAAACGUCCUUUUUGAAGAUCUUCUAAUUCUUCUUGGUGGUGGUUCCAUCAAUUUAGAUGAUGAUAGACGGAGUUCUCUAAUAAGAGAGUGCAAGUUCUACAGAUUCUUGAAUUUGGAACAACGCUUAGUCAAAUGCAGCAUCAAUUACAAUCCCCUAACAAGAAAAGAAGAAAUAUGCUUGCAUCUCAAAGAUGUCUCCAGAAAGGGCCUUGUUAUAUCACAGACAACAAAAAGAGACCUUUCAUAUUUGUUUCAACCUGCUACUGUUAUGAACCAAAAUAACGAACAUGUACCCUCAUUAAUGCAGUCACAAUUUGACCAAGCAGGUCUUGACUUUUCUCAAAAUUCUGGAGGUAUGGAUCCUAGGGUCAAAAGACAAAAACUCUAUGAACAACAGGUUGGUAGCUGGGAUAUUGUUGGCUACAAGAGACCCUACUUGGAUAAAUAUUCUAGGGAGUUUAUCUUUCAAGUUGACUCUAGAGAAGCUAUCUUAAUAUUCAACAGGGAUACAAAGCGAGUUCAUAUCGACUUCAUUGAUCAGACGGCAAAAAAUUUCUUCAACCUAUUCUACAAGGAGCUACUGAAUAGCCCCGAUUGUGGUAUUGAUCUAAACCAUUAUAAAUGCAAAUUGGCACCUUCCUUUUACGACAUGAAUAUGAUGUCACCUGUUGAAUCUAAUAAUUCAAACUACAAGCCAAAUCCACAUCCCGACCUUGUAUUACCUGCACUUUUAACUCUCGGUGAUCUUUCUAUCGAUGGGGUUAGGUACCCUCGAGUUGCAUCUUUGAUAGAUGAACCAAGAAUUGCUUCAAAGCAAAUUCCUAAUCUUGAUGUUAGACCAAAAGGCUCGGAAUACUCUCCUAAUGAAUUCUCACAAGGGUUCCAACUUUUCCUACACAAAUCUUUAUGGAAAAUCGGUGUGACUAACGGAAGAAUAAUCCUUUUGUUGCUAAAGGCUGAUAGUAUUACGGGAACAUCUGAAUACUGUAAGAGUCUCUCGUACAUAUAA